AAAAUGUCAGGUUUAUAAAAAUAGAUAUCAGGCAGUGAUUCAAAGACAUUAAUGUCUAGGAAAUCUUUUUGUGGGUCCAAUUCAAAUAUGAAUUAACUCUUUAGACCUGAAUUCGGGUCUACACAAAGUUUAGCGAAUCAUGAAAGAUUGUGGCAUUUGAUGUAAAAUUACUUGCCUUCUGACAAAAAAAGGUAUGUGAUCGUACUUAAAUUUAAGUAUUCAGGAACAGAUCGUGAACCAUGUAGAAUUUUCACUCGCAAGAACAAGAUUUGAUUUCCAUUAAGUACAUUGUUAUUAAGCAGUGUCUCACUCAAUAAGAGAUAGAUUGAUUGAAAGUUUUAAUGAUACUCAAUUGUAUUUUCAUGAGUAAGAUUGCAAGAGAGUAUACUAUUUAUCAAUUGAAUUUCUAAUUGGAAGAUGUCUUUAAAAUGCAGUAGGAAAUCUUGGAUUACAAGAUUCAUAUACUGAGGCAGUUCAAGAGUUGGGUUACAAAUUGGAAGACCUCUACGACGAGGAAGUAGAUCCAGCCUUAGGGAAUGGUGGAUUAGGGUAUAAAAUAAUCCAUUAAUUUCUAGUCGUUUAGCAGCCUGUUUUUUGGAUUCACUCGCAACUUUGAAUUACCCAGCCUUUGGUUAUGGUAUUAGAUAUAGUUAUGGAAUAUUCAAGUAAUUGAUUCAAAAUGGGUAAUAAGUGGAAGCACCAGAUUACUGGUUAGAGAAGGGUAACCCUUGGGAAAUUGAGAGAUUGGAUGUGUAAUAUCCAGUCAAAUUUUAUGGAAGAGUAGUCAAGAGACACGAGAACGGUUAGGAAAAGUCAUUAUGGGAAGCAGGAGUAUAUAUCUUUAUUAGACUAAAUAGGAAACAAUAGUUGCCAGAGCUUAUGAUACUCCAAUCCCAGGAUAUAUGACAUUCAAUACAAUAGCUUUGAGAUUGUGGAGAUCUGUGCCAGCAAAUGAGUUUGAUUUUACUAGUUUUAAUGAGGGAGAUUAUUUCAAGUCAUUGGAAGCCAGAGAAAAAGCAGAAUACAUAACAUCAGUCUUAUAUCCAAAUGAUAAUUCCUAUGCUGGAAAAGAACUCAGAUUGAAAUAAGAAUAUUUACUAGUUAGUGCUACACUUUAAGAUAUUAUGAGAAGAUUCAAAAAAGUAAGAAGAGAUUGGUCUAUUCUGCCAGAGAAGGUAGCCAUUCAAUUAAAUGAUACUCAUCCUUCAUUAGCUAUAUUGGAACUCUUAAGAAUUUUGAUUGAUCAAGAGAGUAUGACUCAUGCAAAUGCUUGGGAAAUCAUUUCCAAGACUUUCGGUUAUACAAAUCAUACAGUAUUACCUGAAGCUUUAGAGAAAUGGGGUGUUGAUUUGUUAGGUAGUUUAUUGCCUAGACAUCUUGAGAUUAUCUACUAUGUUAAUAUGAUUUUCUUGAAUAAAGUAAGUGCUAAAUUCCCAGGAGAUGCACACAAAUUAUCAGCACUCUCACUUAUUGAAGAAGGCCCAGUGAAGAAGAUCAGAAUGGCUAAUUUAUCAAUCAUCGGAUCACAUAUGGUUAAUGGUGUUGCAAGAAUACAUUCAGAGUUAUUGAAGACCGACUUGUUUAAGGAUCAUUUUGAGAUGAGACCAAAGAAGUUCAUUAACAUCACCAAUGGGGUUGCACCAAGAAGAUGGCUCAGAUCAUGUAAUCAACAAUUAGCUAAAUUGUAUGAUGAAUGGUUAGGCACAGACGAAUGGGUACUCAAUAUGGAUAUGUUGAAAACUCUAGAAGACAAAUGCGAAGAUCAAUUGGCAUUAAUCUAAUUUAUGAAGGUCAAAAGAAAUAAUAAAUAAAGACUUAUCAAAUGGGUUAGACAAUAUUGUAAUGUAGAAGUUAAUGCAGAUACUUUAUUUGAUAUUCAAGUCAAGAGAAUUCAUGAAUACAAAAGAUAAUUCAUGAACAUCCUUUAUGUCAUCUAUAGAUAUCUUUUAUUAAAGGAUACUCCUACUGAAGGCAGAAAAAAGUUUGCACCAAGAACUGUUUUCUUUGGAGGAAAGGCAGCUCCUGGAUAUUUGAAUGCAAAAAGAAUCAUCAAAUUAAUUAAUGCUGUUGCUGAAGUCGUAAAUCAUGAUUUGGAUACUAAUCAUUUCUUGAAGGUAGUGUUCCUACCCAAUUAUAAUGUCUCAUCAGCAGAAAUCAUUAUACCUGCCUCAGAUAUCUCUUAGCAUAUUUCAACUGCUGGCACAGAAGCAUCAGGAACUUCCAAUAUGAAAUUCGUAAUGAAUGGGGGAAUCAUUUUAGGAACUUGGGAUGGUGCUAAUAUUGAAAUUGCAGAAGAAGUAGGACUUGAUAAUAUUUUCAUUUUUGGUGCAAGAGUAGAAGAAGUUGGCAAAUUGAUUGACAAUAUGAAAAACUCUGAUCCUUUUCAAUACAUUCAAAAACCUCUUUGGAAUGUUAUCUAAUCUAUAAGAUCUGGUAUCUUUGGACAUGAUCAUCAUGGGUUAUUAGACUCAAUUACAAAUAGAAAUGACUUCUAUUUAGUGGGGCAUGAUUUCUAUCAUUAUGCCUAAGCUCAAAUCAAAGUAUGUCAUAUAUCUCAAUAUUUUCCAGAUUGAUCAAUUGUACCAAGAUAAGAUUUAAUGGGCUAAGAAAGCAUUCUACAAUUCUAUUAGAUCAGGCAAAUUUAGUAGUGAUAGAACUAUUCAUGAGUAUGCUGAAAAGAUUUGGUAUUUUUGAAUAUCUUAAACUCUUAGGAACAUAAAACCUAUUGUUGUACCUUAGCCUACAGCCAAUAAAUAGGAUAGAUUUAAAAUCUAGAAAUGA